AUGUUUGUCUACCAAGGAAAGCUCAACUGGUACCACUACGGCAAGGAUGAGACCUUUGUCAUCAUCCUUCCCAGCGGCCCAGUCCGAGUUGGCGACAGCGUCUAUCUGUUCUCCCAAUGGACAGAGGAUGCUCAAGGCCGCAAGAAGCAGAAUUGGUUCCAGACCAUCACCGUCGACUCUGUAACCCAGACCGACAGCAGCGAUGUCACCUUUGUCCUCAAGGGAUCAUGGUACAACUUCACUGUCACCACCAAGGGUGGUUACAAGGACCUUUCUCUCAUCAUGAGAAACCCUCAAGGUGGUGUCAGCUCCCCCAUGUCUCUUCAGAGAAUCUGGGAAUCCAAGGAGGAGCUCACAGGAACCACACGUGUCUGGACUGGCAAGUUCAAGUGGAUGAACUUUGCUGAGAAUGAGCCCGCCAUCUUCAUCGUUCCCGAUGGCUUUGGCGAAGGCAAGCCUAUUCUUUCCUUGUGGCAAUGGACCAAGGCUUCCAACGGAAAGACCAAGGACCCAUCAUUCCGCAACGAGGUUCAGAAGAAUGUCACUGGCCUCGGCAGCGAUACUGUCAAGUUCUCUUACCACUCCUACUACGACAUCAACUGCAUCUGGGAUGCCAAGACAGACCAACUCGAUGUGCACGUCAAGGAGAAUGGUCACACUGAGGAUGUUGGAGACAUGAUUCGCUCAGCCAUCAUUGAGCGUCAGAAGCACAAUCAUGACAUUAACCCUGCGGAGCCUACUCCCGAGAAGGGUCAGUGUGAGCUUCGCAAGCCACAGCCUCAAGCCACUUUGCCACGCAUCGUGGACCCUCUGCCCUUCCCCAAGGGUCUUCUUGAGACACUUGCCCAUAGUGCAGCCUAUGUCGACCAAGCAGGUUAUUUGGCGAAGUAUGCUCUUGACCAAUUUGCCACCCUUGACGCCGACUACCACGUCGAGAUCGAAAAGGUCAAGGCUAAGGACGCCGAGAUAUCCAACCUCAGGAAGACGGUUGACGAUCUUACUGGCGACCGCAGCGCCGCAAAGGCCAAGGCCGAGGAGUUGCAGAAGCAGCUCGAUCAAGCCAACAAGGAUGCACAAGCACUUCGCGAUGAGAUCGCCAAGUUGAACAAGUACAUCAGCGACGAUACAGUCAAGGACGAGCAGGCUCGCAAGAUUCUGCAAGACACCCAAAAGAAGCUCGAGUCUCUCAUGAUGGAGAAGAGUGACCUUCAAAAGAAACUUGACGCUGCCAACCAAAUCAUCAAGGAGCUCAACGCACGCAUCGCAGACUACCAGCGGCAGAUCAUCAAUCGCGACACUGAGAUUUCCCGCCUCAAGGCCGAAAUCCAUGCACAGAAGGAACUGAACAAGAUCUUGACUUCCAAGAACGACAGCCUCACUGCUUCCGUUAAUGACCUCAAGGGUAUCCAGGUAUCCCUGCAGGAGGACCUCAACCGCGCCAACGCCAGAAUUGAAGCCCUGGAGAAACUCAACGAGCAGCAGAGAGACAAGAUUAAGAAAGCCGAGAAGGAGAGGGAUGAUGCUCGUGUUGAAGUUUCAGCUGCGAACGAGGAGCGUAACACUGCGGUUAAGGAUUUGGAAGAUAUCAAGAAGAAACUGUAUAACCAAAAGAUUGUUCUCAAAUGA